AUGCAGAGCCGUCGAGAUGAGAUUCUCGCAAAGAAGGCGAGGCUUGCGGAGUUAAAGCAGCAAAGAGUGUUGAGAGCUGCCCAGGCAGGCAGCAGACAAAGUAUUGGUGCUUCGCUUGAUAUCGUAUCACCUACCCCAGGACGCGAUGACCGCCGCUCUAUCGAGGACUUGAUUAAUAGCCUAGUCGGCGACAGGCCAGUUUCCACAUCUACUGCCGGUGCUGCGUCGCCGGCUAGACGGGGCAGUAGGCCAAACAGUGUACUCAGCGCCGGGGAGGUCAGCACCGAGACUUCUGAAUAUGCAGCUCCCUCGACGGCAGCGGUGUCAGCAGCCCAAGGCCCUCCGCCGGCGCUCACAACCGCUCCCCUUACUACGAUAUACGAGUGUCCGCCCUCCCCCGUCAAGGAGAUCUUCUCGUAUAACAAGGGGGUCCAGACAAUGGAGGAAUGGGUGCCGCCUAACCGACCGAGAGCCUACUCCCUUUCAGAUACCGAAGAUGUCGGGGUAACGGCGACACCAAGCAAGCGCUUAAGCCGGAGGGAGCGCGAUCGGGAAGAAGAGAUCCGGCAGAGCAUCAGGCGAGAGAUCGAGGAGGAGCUCCAGGCUACCAAAGAUAUGAUGUCGGAAGGCGUUUUACAAUCUACAAACGCGAUAGCAACGAAUAACUUCCCACUGAGGCAGCUUACGUCAGAAGAAUUGAAUGCGGUCAUGUCAUCAGACGAGCUCAUCGAGUUCAUGGACAAGUCAUCCAAGGUCAUCGAGCGAGCUCUCGACCAAGAAUAUGAUAUCCUAAUCGACUAUGCGCAAACAGGACUGGACAUCGAGGAGGAAGACGACGAGACGGGAAAUACAGGAGGAAAAGGGAAGCGGAGAGUUAAGGAAGUCAUCCAGUACUUCAAUGACCGGUGGUCCAACAAGCGAAUGAUUAGCGGUGUUGAGUUUUCGCCCAAGUUUCCCGAGCUUCUUCUGGCCUCCUACACCAACAACCCAACCGCGCCCCACGAGCCGGACGGAAUAGUCCAAGUAUGGAAUCAGCACAUGCACGACAGGGCCGAAUUUGUAUUCCACGCCCAGUCGGACGUGUUGACGGCGCGAUUCUCGCCCUUCCAUCAGAAUCUCAUUAUCGGAGGAACGUACAGCGGGCAGGUGCUGCUCUGGGAUACGCGCGCCAAAUCGGCGCCGGUGCAAAAGACGCCCCUGACGGGCUACGGGCACACUCACCCGAUCUACUCGAUUGAGAUUGUUGGUACGCAGAACGCCAACAACAUUAUUUCGUCCUCUACAGAUGGCGUAGUGUGUGCCUGGAGCAUGGAUGUGUUCGCGCAGCCGCAAGAGAUGUUGGAGCUUAAGGCACCGUCUCCGGCCAAGAUCGAGGAUGUCAGCCCGACUUGCUUCUCGUUCCCCGACGGCGACCCCACAUUCUUCCUCGUGGGCACGGAGGAGGGCACAAUCUACCCCUGUCAUAGGUAUAACCGCGCCGGGGCCAAAGCCGGCAUCGACUCGGACUUUAGCUACAAGGGCCAUACGGCGCCAGUCAUGUCCGUCGACUUCCAUCCGGCGCGCGGCCCUGUGGAUCUCGGAGACUUUGUGCUAUCGUCGUCGCUAGACUGGAGUGUGAAGUUAUGGAAGGUACGAGCUCCAGCCGCCACGUCGACAGCGGGUACCACAGAGGGCAAUAUGACACCUCUCCUAGACUUCGUCCGAGAAGACGUCGUGUACGACGCCAAGUGGUCCCCCAUCAAGCCCGGCGUAUUCGCGCUCGUCGACGGCGCCGGCUCGUUGGAGUUUUGGGACAUUACGGUCGAGACGGAAGAGCCCGUUUCGAGGAUAUCGCCGAGCGCCCGUAAAGGUGCCAGGACGAUGCUCUCCAAGAGCCUCAACAAACUUGCGUGGGAGCAGACUGAAGGCAAGCGGAUUGCCACGGGAGGGAUUGAUGGGUCGGUCACGGUGUUUGAGGUUGCUUCGGGGCUUGGUGGGAAGGAGGAUCUAAAGGCGGAGGAGUGGACGAAUGUGAAGAAGCUGAUAAAUAGGGUGGAGGCGGCUGGGCCAGGCGAGGUCUUCUUACUCUCCUAA